AUGCAGUUUAGCGUCUUCUCUUUAACGACCCUCUUCGUUGGAGGAGUAGCUGUAGCCAGUCUUCCAAAACAUGCGGUCUCACAAUCCCCAGCUCCUCUAGCAGGAGUCACCAUCUUUACUCCUCCUUCCAACUAUAAUAUCCCGCGUACUCUUUACGCUCGAAACGAACAGCUCCCCAAUGGGGAUCUCCUCGCCACAUGGGAGAAUUACUCUCCCGAGCCACCACAAGUAUACUUCCCCAUCUACCGCUCCAAAGACCAAGGCAAGACAUGGUCGGAGAUUUCCAAGGUGCAAGAUACAGCCAACGGUCUGGGUCUACGCUACCAGCCCUUUUUGUACCAUCUUCCUGAACGUGUUGGCUCGUUCAAGGCCGGCACGCUGUUGCUGGCCGGGAACAGUAUACCGACGGAUCUCUCAACGACACAACUUGAUCUGUAUGCGUCGCGAGACGAUGGUCUGACCUGGGAGUUCUUGAGCCAUAUUGCUUCGGGAGGCGAGGCACUGCCGGAUAAUGGGCUGACUCCGGUUUGGGAGCCAUAUUUGCUUGCUCAUAAGGGGAAGCUGAUCUGCUUCUAUUCAGACCAACGAGACAAUGCCACAUAUGGACAGAAGCUCGUUCACCAGGUUUCAACAGACUUGAAGAGUUGGGGGCCCGUUGUCGACGACGUCGCGUAUCCAACAUAUACCGACCGUCCAGGUAUGCCCAUUGUCACCAAGCUCCCCAACGGCCAAUACAUUUACAUUUACGAAUACGGCUCCUUCUUCAACACUUCCAGCUACUCCUUCCCGCUGUACUACCGCCUCUCAUCAGAUCCCCAGUCCUUCGCAUCAGCUACCCACCACAAACUGGUUGUGUCCAGCGGAACGAAGCCAACCUCCUCGCCAUACGUGGUUUGGACACCGUACGGAGGCAAGCACGGGACUAUCAUCGCCAGCUCUGGGACCCAGAGUACCCUGUUCAUCAACAAGGCUUUGGGCCAGGGCGAGUGGACUGAGAUUCAGUGCCCUGAGCCACAUAGUUACACACGGUCAUUGAAGGUCCUUUCCAAGGACAAAGGGAGGUAUUUGCUUGUGAACGGAGCAGGUGUUUUGAAUGGGGCAGCGAAUAAGGUUACGGUGACUGUUAUGGAUUUGAAGAAGUACUUGUAA